CCUUUUGAAGGCUAUCACGAAAAACACAUACUGUACCUACAUCUUUAUAAAUACAACCAACUUCAACCUUUACUUCUUCCAUUCAGAAAUCGAUUAUAGCUCACGAAAUCUUGCUUCUACCGAUUUCCAUUUGAUUUUCAUUACUACAUCCUCUUUAAAGCUCUACUUGGCAAUCGCAUCUUUGACAAGGUCCACCUAUUGCUCUAAGAAGCGCGCGCACACCUAGUUGACCUCCACCAGCCAUUGGGCGGAACGGUGCGCCGUAUCUUCAACACUCAAUUGGCAUCGAUUUAUUCUCGCGACCUGUUUUAUCACCAUUGUCGCCCUUACCAUUAAAUUCGCUCCUACCCCGAAUAAUCGACAACAAUGUCGACCAAACCUCCAUCUCGCGUUGUCUUUGUGGGAAAUAUUCCUUAUGGACUUUCGGAAGAACAAAUCAGCGACAUCUUCAGUACAGCUGGAAAGGUCCUGAACUUCCGCCUUGUCUAUGAUAGGGAUACUGGGCGCCCUAAGGGCUUUGGCUUCGCGGAGUACCCUGAUGCAGAUUCAGCUGCUUCUGCUGUCCGAAAUCUCAACGACUAUGAGAUUAUGGGACGCAAACUACGCGUCGACUAUAGUACAGAAGGCCGAGUAGACGGCGAUGAAUCUAACAGCUCAUCCGUGAUGACCGGCCAACCUAAUGGUGCUUCGCAUACUACUGCCCAGACUGCGCCCGCCGGCUCGCUUCCUCCCCUCCCACCUGGAAAAGAGUUACCUCCGGGUGUAACUGCCACCGAUGCCAUCUCCCGAACCCUCAACACUCUCCCUCCGAGUCAACUGCUGGACAUUCUAUCGCAGAUGAAGUCACUAUCAACAACUGAUCCUUCCCGUGCCACCGAACUCUUGCAGGCGGCCCCUCAGUUGUCAUACGCCAUCUUCCAAGCUCUGUUGCUGAUGGGACUCGUCUCCCCGGAGGCAAUACACUCUGUAGUAGAAACCUCGGCUGCUGCACCGGCACCUCAACCUUCUCCCGGAUACCCCUCAGCGUACGGUGGCGCCACAACCGUCACACCUCCGGUCGCCGCACCCUAUGCACCGCCUGCCGUAUCAGCUCCGCAGGCCAGCUACGCACCUCCUGCUGCUAGUGCGCCAGCUUCCGCACCCCAAGAUCCUGAUUCUCUCAUGCAGGCGGUUAUGGGCCUGUCGGCUGAGAUGAUCGACCAACUUCCCGAAGCCGAGCGCCAACAGAUCCUAGCUCUUAGGGCUACGUUCGCGGCUCAGAGGCGUUAGCACACUACCAGCUGACGCUAGCAUAUGGUUUCUUAACGUUGAUUUUUCACAUACCCCUCGCAACUGGUUGGAAGUUGGCGUUUAGGUUAUGGUUCAGGCACAAAAGCUUUCGGGACACUUACGGCAUCUAUGCUCCAUCUUGAGCAAAUCGGAACUCGGCAUUCACAUAAAUCACUACUCCUGGUAUGGUAAUUGGCAUGCUUUAGGGAAGAGGAUUAAUGGUGGGAUUAUGGAUCUACGCAGGGUGCCAAAUCUGCCACUCUUCUAAGCAAAAUUUUUAAGGGGAGCUUCAUACCAGGUCGCCAAGUAUAUGUACAUAUUUCCGCGUCAUAAUGAAGCUGAUAGUUCCAUUGAUGAAUAUUUGCCGUUGCAGAGAGAAUUGAAACUGAACUCCGAUACGUGAUCUUGUC